UGUCUUUCCAAAAUUAUAGAACUAUUUCACCGGAACUGAAUCACUGAGUUCUCGUGCUGACGCUCUCGAGUCUGAACCCAUCUCCCUCUCUUCCUAUCCCUGUCUCUCUCACUCUUUCUUUCAGACAUUCACGGCAAACUCUAUCAUAUUCUUCACCUAAACAGCAGCCAGAAUGAAUAGUUUCAUAAGAUUAUUUUGCAGGCUCAAUCUAGCCAUUCAGGAAAAUGUACGUGCCCAUGAAAAUUUGAUUGUUUCCUCUAUUGGGUGUUCGUGAAAAUGCCUAUGAGAACCAUUUGAUUGUCUUUCCUUGAUGAAAUCUACCCCUUUCUUUGUUUGCUUCUUCAUAUCUAUGGUCUGCUUGGAUUUUCCUUGUUCAGUGCAGGUGAAGCUGCUAUUAUAUGCGUUACAAAAGAUUGUAUCCAAUAAGUCAGAGUGCUGUAUAUGAUCAAAAUAGCAGGUUGAUAUUUCAGACACUUGACAAAGGUCUGUUCUUGGAGGAAAAGAGACAUGCUAAGUUGAGUGCAAUGAUCAGUAAAAGAUUUUUCCGGAGGUUGGGUUGUUGCUAUUGUAGCCUGUACUCUCAGCCUUCCCUUCUUUAUCACUUCCGAAACUUCUCUCUUUGGUCAAUGAAGAAAGACCUAGUUCUUGAAUCAGCCCUUUCACGAAAUCGUCGUUGGAUAGUCAAUAAUCAGAUUAAAAACAUAAUACUUAGAUACCCAAACCAGGUGACACCUUUGAAGCAUCUUCAGAAGAAGUUUAAGACUCUUGAUCUUCAAGGCAAAGCUCUCAAUUGGCUCAGGAAGUAUCCCUGUUGCUUUGAAGUUUAUCUUGAGAACGAUGAGUAUCAUUGUAGAUUAACAAAGCGGAUGAUGCAUUUGGUUGAAGAGGAAGAAUCAGUAAAAGAUAUGCAGGAGCCAGUAUUUGUGCAGAAAUUGGCAAAGUUGUUAAUGAUAAGUAUGAAUCAGAGGCUUAAUGUUAUGAAACUUAACGAGUUAAAACACAGUUUUGGAUUUCCAGAUGACUAUGUCAUUAGAAUCUUACCUAAGUACCCAGAUAUGUUUCGACUUGUUAAUAGUAGUUGGAGGAAGAGUUCAAUGGAAAUUGAACUUCUGGCAUGGAGCCCUGAUUUAGCAGUUUCUGCUGUUGAAGCUUCAGCUCAGAAACAGGGUUUGGAGCCUUGUUUUUCAUGUUCAUUGCCUUCAACUUGGGUUAAGUCAUGGCAGAGGUUUCAAGAAUUUAAUGCAAUGCCUUAUAUCUCGCCUUAUUCAAAUUCUAGGAGUUUAGAGAUGGGAUCAAAGGAAAUGGAGAAGAGAAUAGUGGGCGUUGUGCAUGAGUUGUUGUCAUUGACCCUGUGGAAGAAGUUAUCAAUUUUAAAGCUAGGCCAUUUUAAGAGAGAGUUUGCUUUACCUGAGAAAUUGAAUGUUUUGUUGCUCAAGCACCCAGGAAUAUUUUAUGUAUCAAACAAGUAUCAGAUUUACACUGUGCUCCUUAGAGAAGGCUAUAAUGGUCCAGAAUUGGUUCAUAAGGAUCCACUAGUCACUGUAAAGAAUAAAUUUGGAGAAUUGAUGCAGGAGGGUCUUCAUGAAUAUAAUCAGAGGCGCUAUUCAGUGAAUUUGGAGAAGAAGAAAAAGAAAGGCAUGAAUUUGGUAAAGGCAGUGAGAAGGAAAGAUGGGAGGGCUGAGAUGUCUGACCAAGAUGACAGUGGUGAUAAGUUAGGAGGUCUAUUUGAUCCUGAGGAGAGAAAACGAUUUUAUAAAGUUCUUUUUGAUGAAGAGGCUCCAUAAAAUUAAUCUGAGGUGAUUUUUAUUUCAUACUUUUUUUUUCCGGGUUCAAUGGAUGAAUAAAAACUACAACUAGCAAUGAACGAAGCCUAGGGAAGGCUUCUACUUCGGCAGCAUCUGCAGUUAACAAGUUAAUCACUCCUGGAUGUGGUAACUCAAAUAGUUGAAAUACUGAAUGUGUCAAUGAAUGUGAAAUAUCUUCCAGGCUUCCAGCUAUAACUAGGCUGAGAUAAGGGAGAUUCUCAGGUGCUACAAGCCUGAUCAUAUGAACUGAAGGUUCUGAAUCAGAUUCAGUUCAACCUUGUUCAAGCCCAUAUCCCGGGCUGCUUCAAGUGCAUGAUGGAUACCAGAAGUUUGCUUAUUUUCAUGUUCUUGCCUACAUCUAUUUGCUUUCAAUUCUAUGGUGGUUAUUUUUCCUCUUCCCAUUAGUUUGUUUUUUCUUUUGCGGUAAGGAUUCCAGGUUUUCAGUGUGGUGGUGAUCUUAUCCCUACUGCAGCCGUUCACCGAUGUUUUAUAUAUAUAUAUAUAUAUGUAUGUAUGUAUGUAUGUAUGUAUGUUCCCUUGCUCUUUGUUCUUAUUUAAUGUUUUUGUCCAUUUGUGUACUUCAAUGUUUCUAUCCAUAUAUAUGUAAUGGCUUAAUAUGACGUGUCAAAA